AUGCCUAAUGGCGAUCACGUGGCCGUUAAAAGACUCCCAGCAAUGAGUCGGGCAUCCUCACACGAUCAUGAGUUCAACGCUAAAAUCCAAACUCUGAGCAGAAUCAGACACAGACACAUCGUUAGGCUGCUGGGUUUUUGCUCAAAUCAUGAAACCAAUCUCUUGGUGUACGAGUAUAUGCCUAAUGGGAGUCUUGGCGAGCUUCUUCAUGGCAAAAAAGGAGGGUUUUUGCAUUGGGAUGCUAGAUAUAAGAUUGCAGUGGAGGCCGCCAAGGGAUUGUGCUAUCUGUACCACGAUUGUUCUCCCUUGAUCCUUCACCGUGAUGUGAAGUCGAAUAAUAUACUUCUGGAUUCGAAUUUGGAAGCUCAUGUUGCUGAUUUUGGGCUGGCAAAGUUCUUACAGGAUUCUGAGACUUCUGAGUGUAUGUCUGCCAUAGCUGGGUCUUAUGGCUACAUUGCUCUAGUCAGUUUGAUUUCUUUUUACGAGCUAUUUGAUCCCCUGCAUAGAAGAAAAUUAAUGAAAGACUUUAGAUGA